AUGGUCCACCGCCUCAUCGUGGUGCGGGGUGACUCUGGGUUUCGGACUGCGAAGUACAGCAGAGGUUUAUCCUCAAGCAGGAUCUCCCAAGCUGAGAAGGAGUUUGACGUUUCCGGUUUCCCUGAUGCUCAGCUAAGAGUAGGCCAUGCCAGAAGCACCACCGUCUGGCUGAUUCAGUCGCUAGGUGGUACAUGUCUCCAUGAUCUAUAUAAGAAAGAGAAGCCCUGCGCACUGGAUCACAUCUCCGGCGUUGGAUGUCAUCAAGACCAGUGUCAGGUUGCUCAGGACGCCAUGGAUUUCGGACCAAAAGGACACGUCAACGACUCGCCAUGGAGAUUGUCUCAUGCUAUGCAUCUACAACGGGACAGUCUCCACUAA